CGAUUGGCGUGCUCAUUUACAUUUCAAAGUUCUGGGCUUGUCUCUCUCUUGCUUUCUCGCUUUCGAGAUCAUCGAACGCAAAUCAAAACGAAGAAUCAUUGGAAGAAGAAGAAGAUCGGAAAGCUAAUGGGUUGGAUCCCGUGUUCUGGGAAAUCGAGCGGGAGGACUAAGACAAGGAGGAACGGUGACGAGAAGCUCAACAGGAAUUGCUCUCUGUCUACUUCAGAGAAAUCCAAGGCCAAAUCGUCUGUGAGUGACAAGAGUGAAUCAAAAAGCAAAGGGUCUGAAAACAUUGUGGCACAAACGUUUACAUUCUCUGAGCUAGCUAUCGCCACUAGAAACUUCAGAAAAGAAUGCCUUAUAGGGGAAGGAGGAUUUGGUAGAGUUUACAAAGGAUACUUAACAAGCACUAGCCAGACAGCGGCUAUCAAGCAACUUGAUCAUAAUGGUUUACAAGGAAACAGAGAAUUCCUCGUUGAGGUUCUGAUGUUGAGUCUUCUUCACCACCCGAAUCUUGUUAAUCUAAUUGGAUAUUGUGCUGAUGGAGAUCAAAGGCUUCUGGUGUAUGAGUACAUGCCUCUAGGGUCACUGGAAGAUCAUUUGCACGACAUUUCACCUGGCAAGCAGCCACUUGAUUGGAACACCAGAAUGAAAAUAGCUGCAGGUGCUGCAAAAGGGCUGGAGUAUCUGCAUGACAAAACCAUGCCUCCAGUGAUUUACCGAGAUUUGAAGUGCUCCAAUAUUUUGCUCGGCGAUGACUACUAUCCGAAGCUGUCUGACUUCGGCUUGGCUAAACUUGGCCCAGUGGGAGACAAGUCUCAUGUGUCGACUCGGGUUAUGGGAACAUACGGAUACUGCGCCCCAGAAUAUGCAAUGACAGGCCAGUUAACACUCAAAUCAGACGUUUAUAGCUUCGGGGUGGUUCUUUUGGAGAUUAUAACCGGUAGGAAAGCCAUAGACAAUUCAAGAUCUACUGGAGAACAGAAUCUCGUCGCUUGGGCAAGGCCUCUGUUUAAAGACAGGAGGAAAUUCUCUCAAAUGGCUGAUCCAAUGAUUCAAGGUCAAUACCCUCCACGAGGAUUGUACCAAGCACUCGCUGUAGCAGCAAUGUGCGUGCAAGAGCAGCCAAAUCUAAGACCUCUUAUUGCUGAUGUUGUCACUGCACUCACUUACCUCGCCUCCCAAAAAUUUGAUCCUAUGGCUCAGCCAGUCCAGGCCUCCCUUUUCGCCCCUGGGACUCCACCUAGAUCAAAGAGGGUCUGAAAACAAUCUCGAGAACGGCAUUGGCGUGUGAGUUAUCUAUCAUAGACCGAUCCCGAGCUGUCUUUUUAUUUUUUAUUGGGAUUGGUUUCAGACUUAAGUAUGAAAGUAUUGCUUAAGAUCUGCCUGUAGAUACGUGUAAGAAGAGAGAGAUUCAUAUAGAGGCCGGUUUAUAAGGUUGUUAUAGGUGAUGGCCUUCACAUGUAAUCUUAUGUAACACUUGCUAUGGAAUGUAACAACAUCUGAUUAUAUGUCAUUGAGGAUACAA